UGUCCUUGUCCCUGCCUCCUGGCAGCGAGGAGCCACCCAGCAGCCGGGUUGUGAUUGGGCAGGGGGAGUGGGGUUCCUGACACAAGCGUGGUGCUGCCUUCUCUGGGACGUGUUUCAACAGAUGGUCGAGGUUAGAGAGUGUCAUCACAUCGGAGCGAGGAUUAGAGGAGAGAGGUUGUCUUCCAGGAGCUGUGUGGUCCCCCUCCCCACCCGCCUCUACACUUGAAACUUAAAUCCCAGCACCAGGGGCCAAACUCCUCUAUCAGGAAAAGGAAGAUCCUGUGAAGAACGUAGGGAUAAAGUCAACUUGGCCCUCAACAUCUUCCAAGGUGUGAGAGAAAUUCCUCGUCCAUCCUCUCCCUCCUCCCAUCUCUCCAGUGAUCCUCCCAUUAAGUCAUCUUAGUUGCCUGAUUCUCUUGGUCACCAUGCUGAUUCACUGGGUUUCCUGGAUGGUUCUACUGUCUAUAGACUUGAUUCCAGGCACCUGGGCCUUUACCACCACGAAGGCUCAGGGGCUUAGGGGUCGCAUGCAACGGGACCGCCGAAAUAUCCGGCCCAACAUCAUCCUCAUCAUGACCGAUGACCAGGAUGUUGAGUUGGGCUCCAUGCAGGUAAUGAAUAAAACCAGAAAGAUAAUGGAAGAAGGCGGCAUGAGUUUUAUCAAUGCCUUUGUCACCACGCCAAUGUGUUGCCCAUCACGGUCAUCCAUGCUGACGGGAAAGUAUGUCCAUAACCAUAACACCUACACCAACAAUGAAAACUGCUCCUCUCCAUCUUGGCAAGCACAGCAUGAGCCCCGCUCCUUUGCAGUCUACCUUAACAACACAGGCUACAGGACAGCCUUCUUUGGCAAAUACCUCAACGAGUACAACGGCAGCUACAUCCCACCCGGGUGGCGUGAAUGGGUCGGAUUGAUUAAAAAUUCCCGCUUCUAUAAUUACACUGUCUGUCGGAAUGGUAUCAAGGAGAAACAUGGUGCCGACUACGCCAAGGAUUAUUUCACAGAUCUGAUCACCAAUGACAGCAUCAGCUUUUUCCGCAUGUCGAAGAAGGUAUACCCCCAUCGUCCCGUGAUGAUGGUCAUCAGCCAUGCUGCACCUCAUGGUCCAGAAGACUCAGCCCCACAAUAUGCUGAGCUUUUCUCCAAUGCUUCACAGCACAUUACCCCCAGCUAUAACUACGCCCCAAAUAUGGACAAACAUUGGAUCAUGCAGUACACAGGGCCCAUGAAACCGAUCCACAUGGAGUUCACAAACUUUCUGCAUCGGAAAAGGUUGCAGACACUUCUGUCUGUGGACGACUCUGUCCAGAAGAUUUAUGAAAUGCUGGAGGAAACCGGAGAACUGGAGAACACCUAUAUAAUCUACACAGCAGACCACGGCUACCAUAUUGGUCAGUUUGGGUUAGUCAAGGGAAAAUCAAUGCCGUAUGAUUUUGAUAUCCGGGUGCCAUUCUUCCUAAGAGGACCAAAUGUGGAUCCAGGGGCCAUAAACCCACAUGUGGUCCUGAAUAUCGACCUAGCUCCCACUAUUCUUCACAUUGCUGGCCUCGACACCCCCCCAGACAUGGAUGGAAAGUCCAUUCUUAAAUUGCUGGAACAGGAGCGGACUGGCAACAGAUUUAAACCAAACCGGAAACCCAAAGCUUGGAGAGAUACAUUCCUGGUGGAGCGAGGUAAGAUGCUGCGGAAAAAGGACGACUCUACGAGCACUCAACACACCAACAGCCUCCCAAAAUACAAGAAGGUCAGAGAAACGUGCCAGCUGGCUGAACUCCAGACGCCAUGCGAGCAGCCAGGACAGAAAUGGCACUGUGUGGAGGAGAUAACGGGGAAGUGGAGGAUCCAGAAGUGUAAAGGUGGCUCUAAGGAAGGAUCCAGGAAGCGGGUUCGCAGCCUGAGACCUCCCAGCAGCUACGACAACAGGGAAAUGGUGUGCGACUGUGACGACCCUUUAUACAAACCAUCCAGGGCUGAUCGGCGUUCCCAACGGCGCUUCUCUUCAGGACAGCGUUUUCACCCCCGCUUUGUCCACACUCGGCCUGCUCGAUCACUGUCUGUGGAGUUCGAGGGCCAGAUAUACGACAUUGACCUGCAAGCGGAUGACCAGUCCGGCAUACGCCGCCGCAGCAUCUCAAAGCGGCACUACGACUCUGAGGACCCCAAUUACGAAUUUGGAUCCGAUGACGGUUCAGAGGAAAUGCUGGCGGAUGAUACCAAUGCGGUGGGAUACCCAAACUCUUUGAAAGUUACCCACAAAUGUUACAUCCUGAUGAAUGACAGCGUUCACUGUGAGAGGGAGAUCUACCAAUCCUCCAGAGCCUGGAAAGAUCAUAAGAGUUAUAUUGAUCAGGAGAUUGAAGCCCUUCAAGACAAAAUCAAGAACCUUAGAGAAGUCAGAGGCCAUCUGAAAAGGACAAGACCAGAUGAUUGCGAUUGUGGAAAAAGCUUAUUUAACAAAGGCAUCAGAAACAAGGGAGAAAGACUGAAGGGCAGGAAUGAUCAGCUCCAUCCAUUCAAGGAGACCACACACGACACCGAUGGGAAAGCCCAGCUGUAUAACGAGAUCAGACGCAGGAAGAAGGAAAGGAAAGAGAAGAAGCGACAGAGGAAGGGAGACGACUGCAGCCUGCCAGGCCUCACUUGCUUUACUCAUAACAAUGACCACUGGCAGACAGCUCCAUUCUGGACAUUGGGUGGAUUCUGUGCUUGCACCAGCUCCAACAACAACACCUACUGGUGCCUAAGAACCAUCAACGAGACCCACAACACACUCUUCUGCGAGUUCUCCACCGGCUUCCUGGAAUACUUUGAUCUGAACAGUGACCCAUACCAGCUGACCAACGCGGUGUACGCUGUGGAUCGGGACGUCCUGAACACACUCCACGCACAACUCAUGGAGAUGAGGAGUUGUCAAGGGCACAAACAGUGCAAUCCCCGACCUAAAGGCUUGGAUACGGCAGCACACAGCCAGUAUGGGAAGGACGACAGGGUUAAGCUGCCCAACUUGACAGAUGAGGAGGUGAACUGGCAGGAACUGGAGGAUUUGUAUAGCAUAAACGAAAGCCUGUAUGAAUGUAGGCCAGACUACAGACCCAGCCCAGAUAACUGGGCCAACUUCCAGAAGGAUGUUGAUAAAAUGUUUGCACUGCGACACGUUUUGAAACAAUUCAACCAAACCCGAAAGCUUGACGACUCCACCCUGCCGGAGCUGGGCUCUGGGGCCGGGGGUGGAAGCCUUGAAGAGGCCAGCGGAGAAGAGCUGGCCUCCACCGGCGACAUCUGGUCAUUUCUGGCUACAGAGACUCGACUCGCCACCCCCGAUCCCAGCAUAAAGCCGCCAGCACCUUCAAAACCAGAAUGGAAACUGGAAUCUGUUGUGAACGACCUUCCUGAGAGCCUGGUAAGCAGACUCAGGGAGGCUGAUUUGUCGUCGUCGGUUCCCCGCAGAGCCAAGGACAACCCGAGUCACACCUGGACGCAGCAGCUGGAGGAGCUGGAGGAUGAAAUGUUUAGCGGGAACGGACCAACCGAGUUGGAGACGCGACACGAUACUCUCAUGCGUACGCACAACAGCCUCCGUGCCCAGUUAGACCCCAGCCGGCAGGUUCCAGGCCGCAGCCUGGACCCUGAAGACGAGGACAUUUUCCAGGCUCAAGGCUAUCUCCCUCUGUCCUCACAGACUCUGAGGCCAGAGGUGCAGAGCAGCUCCACACAAAGCCCAGCAACCACCUCCCCCACACAGACUAGCACAGCCUACAGAGUCGGGGUGGUCCUCAAAGCCCUGCCCCAGUCCCCUCUGCCCCUCAGCUUGGACUAUGAAGGCAGCGGCUCUGUGACCGAGACCUCCAAUAAGACCCUCUGAGGCAGGCGGGUGGUCCAAUCUACCUGCCAGAGAUCUACUACAGACACUAGUUAGAAGAUGAGCUGUGCAGGAGGAACAGCCAAGCCGGUCUGCAUCAGUCAAGUCAGAUUUAUACGACGAGACGUAAAGUUAUUUUUUUACUGGUGUCAACAUUUAUUAGUCAACAGUGUUACUAAUAAAUGCGUGUAUGAUAAAUAUAUAUAAAAGCCUUAAUGCAGCCAAACUGAAGCUGGUUAUUUCCAAACAGAAAGGCUGAACUUUGUUUAUGGAUAUUUAAUUUUUCUGUUUGUUUUGUUUCUGUAAAUCCAGUGGGUGGUGAAACCAUCUCAGCAGCUGAAUGGAUGAUUACAGAGUAACUCUGCGGUCUUUUGGCCCAAUCACAGGCUUCUCUGACAUCUUUGUUUGCCCAAAUCACGGCUCACCUCAUCAAUAUAUACAUUUGUUUCCAUUAUGCCCUCAGAGUUUAUGAAUCAAAACAAAACUGGACAGAAAAACAACAAAAUGUGGAUAUGUGAUGUCUGCUGUAGGCGUUUCCCUCCUUCUGCAGGGCAGUAAAUUCAGUUUAGACAAUCAUGAAACGACUCAUUUUAGAUUAUCAUAGUGCCAAUACCCCAGAUACUUUCCUUUUUUUUUUUUUUGUGGUUUGCACUCUGACGAUCCUCAUGCCUUUUCUUGCCAGUCGGAUUUAUUACAAAACAAUGAUCGAUUACAUGAUCGCCAAGAGGUCCAGAUGUCACUAAUUACUAAUGUGGAGCAGGAUUCAGAUCUCUGACCAUCUAGGGCUACAACCCCCUACACCUUUACUGGUAACUCUUUGUAAAAGGUGUUUAGUAGGUAAACUUUAAAAUAAAUGGUAAUAAAUCAAUAUUUAGUUGCAUUAGCAGAAUCUCAACCUUAAAUGAUAAAGAUCCAGCGGCUCACUUUGGUGUGUUUUAAUUUAACUCUUAUAAUGACCCACUUUUCUGUCAGAGGUCACUAAAUUUACACUUAAAAUGGCCUUGAAAUUUAAAGGUCAUGAUUCUCUGCCCUCCGAAGAGGAUCCUGGGGCCUUUGGAAAGGCAAAAGGGUCCAUAGCAUCACAGAUCCUUCACUGUGCUUAACACUAGUAGGGUGGGUCCACAUAUAUUUAGCUUUUGUUGAAACCAAACGCAGCAGGAUGCGUAGAUGUUGCUAAAGCUAACCUUAUCUUAUCUGAUCACCAUGCCGCUCCAGUUGAGAUCCCAGUAGCAUUUAUAAUGGUGGUUUUUAAAAGUCUUCUUGCCACAUUUGUUUUAACUUUUUUCUUUACCUGUUAUUAUUGGCAGGAUAAUUUCAUGCAGCCCUUUUUAUUUUCUAAAUCCUUACUCUGUAUAGGAUCAUGUUUUGCCCAAGAAGCUAUUUUCAUGCGGCCAUAUCCUGCCUUCCAGUUCAGUUUUACCUGCAUGUUUUCUAUUCCCAUUUAGUGGUCUGUGCCACAUUUGGUCUAAUGCACUCUACCUUUCAUUAAAUUGAUAUAUAAUUACCUUUAAAUUCAUUUCAUACUGAAUAAAUAUACUCGAAUUGAAGAGUUUUUUUUUUUCUACAUUACACAAAUGUUGAGGCUGCUUUAUAUGUG